AGGCAGAACGCGAUGAGGUGAAUUGCAGAGUCGGCAAGGCUAGGUCUCGCUGCACUGCUCCUCCAAGCCACGACAAUAUUUCCAACGUAGUAACGUAUCAUUCAGUUACACUACGUGUUCUUAUCGUAUUGGUUUCUCUUUCACCUGUUCCUUACUUAACCCUCCUCCAUACCUUCUUCUCUUUCCCCCUCUCUUUUCCAUACCUUAUUCUUCACACUUCUUUUCCAUCACAUACUUCCCACCAUGGCUGAAAAGGUGACCGUAAUGAGACUCAAGGUUGAUCUCCAGUGCCACAAAUGCUACAAGAAGGUCAAGAGAAUUCUCUGCAAAUUCCCUCAAAUUCGAGACCAGUUUUAUGACGAGAAGCAUGACAUCGUCACCAUAACUGUGGUAUGCUGUAACCCGGAGAAGCUGAGAGACAAGAUUUGCUGCAAAGGCUGUGGGACUAUCAAAAGCAUUGAAAUUGUCGAACCGCCCAAGCCCAAACCACCCGAGAAGCCUAAGCCUGAAAAACCCACCGAACCGGUGAAGCCAGAGAAGCCCAAGCCCGAAAAACCCAUCGAACCGGUGAAGCCAGAGAAGCCCAAGCCCGAAAAGCCCCCUCCCCCGACGAAACCGAAUCCGCCCGCUCCAGAGCCGGUGGCUCCGCCCGCUCCAUUGCCGGUGGCUCCGCCCGCUCCAGUGCCGGUGGCUCCGCCCGCUCCGGUGCCGGUGCCGGUUCCGGUGCCAGCGCCGCCGCCAAGGCCGGUGCCUUGUCCGGUUCCAGCGCCGCCGCCAAGGCCGGUUCCGAUCGGAGUAUGCUGUGUACCAUGCUAUGAAGGUCAGGGAGGUGGACCAUGCUUUCAUGGGCACGGUGGGCCACCACCAUGUUAUGAUAUUUGUUAUGGAAGACCUAUUUACGACAGUUACGGUGGGUGCAGGCCCUGUUACGUGAGCCGUUGCGAUGAAUAUUUCUGUGAAGAUAACGCCUCUGCCUGCUCAAUUAUGUGAUCGUCGUCUCCACGAUCACCUUCUGUUUAUUCAUCGAUUCUGUCAUCUGUGCUGUGCCGCUCAUGCAUGCAAUCAUCAACCCAAGGAAUAAUAAUCUUCUUUGUCUUUUGUGAGUACAAAUUAAUUACAAUUCUAAUACAUGUUACCUGAAAUGUCUUACAUGUUCACUACUCUUGAUCAAUAAAGUUUCUCUGGUAAAA